GUAGGCUCACUGAACGAACAAUAAAAAUUGAACCCUUUAACAACGUAACGACUUAGUUUAAGUGUAUACCCCUUUCACAGAGGGUACUUUGUUCUAAGCAUGACACGUAAGCGAAGGAAUCAUGGACGGUCGAAAAAAGGUCGUGGUCAUGUUCAGUUCAUAAGGUGCACGAAUUGUGGGAGAGCCUGCCCAAAAGACAAAUCUGUUUGGAAACUGGUGACACGAAGCAUGGUCGAGGCUGCUGCAGUCAAGGAUCUGGAAGAUGCAUCCGUUUAUGGAAAAAACUAUGCAGUCCCUAAGUUGUACGUGAAACUUCAGUAUUGCAUCAGCUGUGCUAUCCAUGGGAAAGUCCUUCGAAAUCGCAGUCGGGAAGCGAGGCGUCUUAGAAGAAUUAUAGUUAAGCCCCGGGUGAAGUUUACCAGACCAGCUGCACCAAGAACAUAAGUGAUAAAAUAUAACUUCCCUACUGGA